AUGUCUAGUUUUGUAUCAGAAUUUAGAAUGUCUAGGAUAUUCGGUUUUAUUUCUAGCAUUCAUAUGGCUGUUUCAAAAAAGAAAAUAUUAAAUGCAUUCAUAAUUAGCAGAAAGGCUUGUGCCCGAAUAUUUUUAUGA